ACGCAUUUAGUGUGUUUGCUGAGACCGAGGCUUGCAGUUGAGAACGAAGCGUUCAGCCGAAGUUGAAAAGUGCAUUUCGAUUAAAAUUUCAUUCUACUUGCUUAUAACUUUAAAUAACUGCGAAUCAUAACCAUGAAAGUGGAAAGGCAUAAACUUUUGAUCGCCUCUGUGGCGGCGAUGCUGUUUGGCGUGAUUUUCGGUUGGGUCGGUUUUCCGAAAAUACUCAAAAUGAUGAUUAAAAAGCAAGUUUCGCUUAAACCCGGCACCGAAAUACGCGAUCUCUGGACACAGACGCCAUUCCCACUACACUUCUAUAUUUACGUUUUCAACAUUACCAAUCCGGAUGAGGUGAUGAACGGUGAAAAGCCCAAUUUACAAGAAAUCGGCCCAUUUGUUUUCGAUGAAUGGAAGGAUAAGUACGAUCUGGCCGAUGAUCCAUUGGAAGAUUCGAUCUCGUUCAAUAUGCGCAACACAUUUUAUUUCAACGAAAAGGAUUCAAAAGGACUAACCGGUGAAGAGCUCAUAACAAUUCCACAUCCGUUGCUUGUGCCGAUCUCCGUGGUUGUGCAGCGCGAUCGUGCCGCCAUGUUGGAUCUCGUCGCCAAAGCUAUAAAUAUUGUGUUCGCCGGGCAGAAAGCAGUAAUCACAGUUAAAUUUAUGGAUGUAUUCUUUCGGGGACUUUAUGUGGACUGUUCGUCCACGGAAUUUGCCGCUAAAGCGCUCUGCACGGCUUUCUACACGGGUGAGGUGAAACAAGCGAAACAAGUGAAUUCAACACAUUUUCUAUUCUCGUUUAUGGCCAAUAACAAUCACACCGACGGCGGUCGCUUUACCGUCUGUCGUGGCGUCAAAAAUGUGAGCAAGCUUGGCAAAGUCAUACGUUUUGGUGAUGAGCCCACAUUGGAUGUAUGGGGCGGCGAAGAGUGUAACGAAUUUAUCGGCACAGAUUCGACAAUUUUCGCACCAUUCAUGACCAAAGAGCAAGGCUUAUGGGCUUUCACGCCCGAUGUAUGCCGCUCCUUCGGCGCCACCUACAAACGUAAGUCCUCAUAUCAUGGCAUGCCAGCAAUGCGCUAUCACAUGGACUUGGGUGACAUAAAGGCAGAUCCGAGCUUGCAUUGCUUCUGCGACGAUCCGGAGGAUGUUGACUCUUGUCCGCCCAAAGGCACUAUGAAUUUAGAACCUUGUGUUGGUGCUCCAAUCAUGGCAUCGAUGCCACACUUUUUUAAUGCGGAUCCCAAACUGCUAGAGGAAGUGAACGGUUUAAGUCCGAAUGAGAAGGAUCACGCGGUGUUCAUUGAUUUCGAAUUGACCUCUGGCACGCCUUUUCAAGCCGCCAAACGUUUGCAGUUCAACAUGGACAUGGAGCCGGUUGAGAAAAUUGAACCCACCAAGAAUUUGCGUAAAAUGAUUUUUCCACUAUUUUGGAUUGAGGAGGGCGUGGCACUAAAUAAGACCUUCACAAACAUGCUAAAAUAUACAUUAUUUCUUGGUCUAAAAUUCAAUUCUGCGUUGCGUUGGUCGCUCAUCACCAUGGCUUUGGUCGGUCUCAUGUCCACCUGUUAUUUGUAUUACAAGAAGAGCGAUAGCUUAGAUAUCACUGUGCCACCGAAAGCUAUAAAGGAGCUCGCCAAUAAAGUGGAGGAUGUAAAGCCAUUGCCACCCGAAGAUAAAAAGCCCGUACCACCUAUUGCACAGGCUGAUCUCUCGAACCGUCGUGAUGCGAUGGAUAGAUUUUAGUUUUAUUGAUAAAAAGUUGUAAUUUUUUUAUGAUAAGCACAUUUUAUUCACAAAUCUCUCUCUGGAGAUAAUGAUCUUAAGACACAUACAUACAUACAAAAUAAAUAAAAUAAAGUAGUGAUUUUUUUGGUUUAGUCAACAAA